ACCUUCCCCCUCCAAUAAAUAUAAACCCUCUGUUUAUAAGGUUAUUAUCAUAAAACUCAGUGCAAGUUUUUCACUGUAAUCCCCGAUUAUCAAUGGUCACCUCCGCGAAAACCGGGAGGCAUUAACGAACUGCCUGCUUGAAGAGAAUAUCAUCUGUAUUCUCUUGCCUGCCUUUGGUCCCUAUGUGUCAUUUUGAAAACCGAGACGCCCCCAGGUUUGUUUAGAUAUUGGUUGAAGUAGUUGUUACAUAACUUGUAAGCCCCUAGUCACUGAAGUAUAUGGAUUUUACUUAUCAUUGGACAAAUCAUUACUCACGUGUAUGCUCACGAGGAUGGGGAUUAAGACGUAAACCUCAAAAUAUGUAUAUGACUAAGCUUUUUUUGGCAAACUCUAUGGAAUACUCCGGACGUUUAACGGGUCUUAAGUGUAUUUACAGAUCACGAUAUCCACUGUCGAAUCACGAAACAAUAAUAUUUUAUCACGUAAGAAUAUGACGUUUUCUGUUGUUGUGGCUGUAUUGAUAUUAGCUCAGAAUUAUUUUGAAUGAAGUUCUGCUUUGUGCGGGCACAGGAAGUCUUUCAAUUCAUUUUGGUACACGAAAAAAUGUCAUAGUUAAAAUGAAAAUCAGCAGUUUUUGUACGAUCUAGAACUAGUGGAGAACAGUUAGCUACAUUUUCUUCUACUUCAGAACUGAAUUUGAAGCCAGCUAUUACAUAGGCGAAUUAGCAAGUGUGAUUGAAUUAUGACAGCGUUCAGUAAAUUUUUAUCAUUCUGAAUGUUCUGAGCUGCCAACUAACUAAGAUAACAUGAAUAUGCUGUUUUUUUUUUUCCGACGUUAAAGAAAAAUUACAAAAAAAAUUAUUAGAAAUGUGGCAAAAUUUAAGUCGAAUCCACAUUAUUAGACAAGUCAUUUUGUUAUGAUAUUGAAUCAAUUAUUAACCUUAGCUUGUGUGUACCUAUUCUUAAGUAGUGAGAACAUAUUCUUAAGCGCUUUUAGCUUAUGUGCAAUCGUGGCUUGAAGCAAGACCUAAUUUCGUGACCUUUGCAGUCCCCGAGAGCACGAAAAACUCGCCGAGGAUGAUGUGAAACGUUAACGUCCUCAUUAAUCAACACAAGCUUUAUUCACCCCAGAAUCAAAAUCGCAUGUCUCACAACGAAACGCUUACAAUUAAAACACUUGGAACUCAAAAAAAUUAUUUCAGCGUUAACAUUGUCUGCACACGUUUACAGUCAAGGUUAAAUAAACGAGCUUCUUCUGUAAGGAGACAAAAGAGGGGAAAGGGUCAAGAACAAUCGACUUGAACAAUCACUUUGCUAUGUGACAAGAUCCUUUGUGAGAUCACGUUUCUGAUAUUCCGGCCUUCUCUAACGCGCUCUUUGGAAAGGAUAAUCGAGUAUCUGAUCCCGACGAACUAGGAAAAGAUUGUGUCUGGUUACAGUUUGUUACGAGAACGAUGACCCGAAGAGAAAAGCUAAAUGUGACGGGAAAUUCAUUUGCUUGGAACCGGGUGUUUCUGAUUUGAUUGUAACAAGCUGCAAUAGAGGAAAUGUGAAUUAUGGAUUCAUGUUCUCUCAGACUUCUUCAUCUAAGAUCUAAAUUACAACUUCUGCUAACAAACCCACAUCGACAUCUACCACUAUUAAAAUGCCCUCCAAACAAGAUAUUUUCUCCAAAUAACUGGAGCUGAUUCAUUGUUUUAGGCUUUUCUUACGGAUUUAUAGUGAUAUUACUUUGGUUUGCAUCACUGCUCAGCGCAUUCUUUUAAAAAAAAUUUAUCGUUGUGUCCGAAAAAUGCAUUUCAAAUGUUUGUUUUAGCACAAGUGAAUAGCGAUGGCUCAAACGAGUAAAUCCGCUCUAAUAUUUUACGACGGAAACAUUUUGGAGUUCGAUUAGCUCCGUUUGAAGUAGGCACGAUACCUCAAGAUAAAGUAAGUUCGCGUUUUAUUAACACUUUGUAGCGAAAUAGUAUCACGUGCACGUGGUGUGUACGCUGAACAAGAAUAUCCAAAUGUGUUAACAGAUUUGCUAAUGUUAUAUUUCUGUACAUGCCUCUGUUGGAUUACGUGAUUCGAUCGGGUCGCGUUUGAACUUGUUCCUCACCGCCUAAAAGGCAGAAUUUUCAAGGCUAGUAUAUUGAGCCCGUUAGGCCAACAGAAAUUUGUGCUUUUGUCUAGUUAGCUAAUAUCUUUUGCAUGCCUUCGGCAAACUGAUAUUGGAGAUAUAUACCCUUUGAAAAAUUAUUAUCAUAAAGAUGACAAGUUAGAAUGUUUGGCAGUUUAAAAGCGAAUCAAAUUGGUUGUAGAGUUUCAGCGGGUUUAAGAACGUCCGUACGUGACGGAUGUAGAAUUUAAGAAGAGUCCGUCCACGCAAAAACAAGGAGGCUUUAUGCCUUUUAGCUAUCACCAUCCCACAAGUCACCCUCUUUCCCCUAAUGUUGCGUCACUUUGCGUCACUUGGCACCGGGUGGGUGGACCCAGAAAUCAACAGGAUCAGUUACGUUUUGUAUGAUUAUUUUGUACCAUUUGACGAUAGGGUCCGAGACAAUGGUUGGAGGAGAUUUGAUGGCGAAAAACUCUACACAAGAAUCGUUUUACGAGGAGGUGAUCACAAAGCACCCAUGCCUUCCCAAGACGUAUAUAAACAGCAAUAUUGAAGUUGACGUGACCGAUACUUCUGUGCCGCGAGAUAAAGAGGUGAAAUCGGCAGGGAUACUUAGCAGCGAAAAGGAUCAUGAAGAAAUUAUGGAGGACUCCGAAAACAUCUACGAGAUUAUACCAGGAGAUCAGUGUGCGCCACAAAAUAUCAAGCCCUGUCCAAUGAUUCGUUCUUUUAGCUUGAGUAGUGCGGAUAGAAACAAAGAAGGCUUUGCAAGGAAGACAGAACAGAUAAAGGACACUUCGAGCGAAUCCAAUUCUGUUCCAUCGUCGCCCAAAGCGCCAGUUCGAGAUAAAACCGAUGAUUCGAAUUCGACACAUUACGCUGAAAUAAUUCUGACUAAAAAGGUUUCGGAUUUUAUUCCAUCAAGGCCGACAAGAGAAUCCGAAAAUCCCAUUCUUAGACAGGACUUUUCAGGAAGCCUCUCGGGUUUACCGGAAAACUUGCGAAAUUUGCACAAGCACCUCACCGAGUUGUCCCAAGAUCGUUUUCUUGAGCAACGCAACGCAAAGUCAACUCCGUCCAAGACUCCCGAAUGUGUGCGGAAACCCAACGAAGGAAGCCAACGAUUGUCCAAAAGCGUUUCUCCGAGACAUUCGCCGAAUCAUUCACCGCGCGCAAAAGAAUCGCCAGGUCCACUCUACACAAAUAUGGAAUUCCAAUUCAUGGAGGACACUAACACUUCUCGGCGAAGCUCUGCAUGCAGCAGCGUUAGUUUUAACGAGCGGCAGAGCUUGAGCAGCACAGAGGAUGCGAGUAGGGAUAUUGAAGAGUCACCUUAUGAAAAUGUGAAGGGUUUGAGCGAGAACGAGACUGGAAGACCGAGAGAUGGGAGCGAGCCAGUUGAUAUAGUUUAUAGUGAUUUGCAUUUCCCCGAAGCGCGCCGAUCUAAAUCAGUACUCGAAAAAACUAUAUCCAGCUCUGUUACUACCUCGCAGGAGACGGUUAGCACCCAUUAUUUAAGAGCCCGCUCACUCCCGGGACAAUCAAGCCCAAAAUUACCUCCUCGAAAAAAUUUGAGCCUGAAUUCAAGCGAUCCACGUCCAAACAGUCGGAGUCUGGGAAAGCUCAGUGGAGGCGCGCUUGGAUUUUACGUUGCGCACUUUGUCAAGCGAGUAACUGUUCAGAGGUCGAACGCAAAAACUCUGCAAACGACAAUUCACGAUAUUGUGUCAAAGACGAAAGUAGAAGAUUGCUCUUCAGUUAAUGUGGAAGUCACAUCUGAUAUGAUGCGAAUUAGUACAAACUGCGCGCCUUAUGAGGUGAUCGCAAGUUUUGAUGUGGAAAACAUUGGCUGUAUUGAUUUGUUUGAGCAAGACCACACGACCUUAGGAGUUUUAGUAUGUUUGCCGGAUGUAGACGCUGAAUGUUACGUUAUUCGAUGCUCAGAUGCUCAGAAGAUCAACAGUGCUGUCAAAAACGCUUUCAACUCUUCAAACUCAAAGACUUUCAAGGUCCCAGCCUCCACUCCUGUUGGACCAGAGAGCUGGCUGGGAGAUGAUAACGUUACAACUUUCACUGGCAUUUCGUAUCUUGGCUCACUCAAGGUCAAAAAGUCCUACUUGUUGAUCAACGAGAGUAUUACAUCUCUCCUGGAGAAGGCGCAUCCCAAAGAAUUCAAAAACACUUUUGUUGAGGUACAUUCCGAUCAAAUUCGGAUAGUAGAUUCAGGGGACAGUAAAAUCAUCCAUCAACACGCCAUUCCUUGGAUCUUACUGCUCGGUGUUUACGAUCAAGACACUCGGCUCUUCGGCUACAUAGUGUCGGAUGCACGACAAGGGGAAAAGACCCGGAUGAUCUGUCAUGCGUUCCGAUGUAGUCGCAUUACUACGUCAGUGGCUGCAACCGAGGCUAUCCGGCUUGGUUGCCAGGCCACGUAUUCUGAGCGGAGGGACUCGGUUCGAUCAUCAAGGCGAAUCUCCUUCAUUUCUAAUAGUUCUAGUGGCGGAUCUCUGGAAAGCACGUCUUCGUCGCCCAGUGAACAUCUUGAUUCCACAGUUGAGAAACCGAAAAGCAAGCCGCAGAGUUCAAAAGAAGAAAACCCUAAAGCAAAGGAGAAGGAUUUCAAAAAAAGAAGCCUGAAGCUGAAAUGCUUAGCCUCUAUGCCACAUUUAACGAAUCGCUCUUCUAAAAAGGACAAAGAUUACAAAAUGGAAAGUCACACAGACAAGAAUUCUGUGAGAACUACCUCAGUCAGUUCUGUGGGAUGGGAUGACGUCAUGGAUGGUUCGUGGGAGGUAGUGGAAGAGGAGAAGAUUUACAAUUUUGUUGUAACCUAUCUUUGCUCCACUGUUGUAAAUCCACCACUCCGACCGAAACACUUGCGUGAAUGUGUCAAACAAUACCAGAAACAACAGGCUAAGUUUCUCAAAAAAUUCGGACACGAACAACCUUCGAAUGAGGUUAAUUUGUCGGUGUGUAUAGAUGGUGUUGAAAUGAAGGACUCGCGGGAUCAGAAAGCAGACCAAGGGAUGUUUUUCCCUUUCAGUUCUGUCAGCAAUGUUAUGGCUCAUCCAGAGACACCUGAGUACUUUGCUUUCGCGACCGUGGUUACGGGAGAUUCAAAACACAAAUGCCACUUGUUUCAGCAAACGAAAAUUCCUUCUGCCGAGAUGAUCAAGAGUUUUCAAGCAUUUAUGUAAAGGGAGUUCUUAGUCAUAAGUUAGCAGAGUGGUUGCUAAGUAACCGUGGUAAAACUGAAAAACAAACUUCUGACCAAUCAAAGCGAGAGCUUUUUCCAAUCACCCAAUAAAAAUCGAAAGUAAAUGUGCAUCCAGCGCCAAGCGCGGGAAAAUGGCACUGGCGUCAUUGCUGGUUUGAUCCCAUUUUCCUUUGGAAAAAAUUCAAGAUUUGCGCCGAUUGAUUAUACCAAAUGCGCACUCACUAUCACUUGAUUAUCUCUGGCGGUUACUGAAAAGAACUAAACUUGCCAUAACAACGAAUGCACAUGAAUUUUCAUUUAGCGGAGAGCUCACUAGAUCCUUUCCCUUACCAAUGCACGAUACCAGCCGAUUGUGGAUUUAUUUAUUACCAUUUUUUUACUAGUCACAAAAAAUGACGUGCGAGACAGAAGUUUGAUAAAAUUAGUAACCAGAGUAUCUCGCCAAAUAGAAUUACCUAUACAGCAGUACUUUUUUAUACCUAUGAUUUUAUAACGUAAAUUUAGAAUUCCGGAUAAUUUAUUGGUCUUCAAUGUCAGUAAAAUGUUUCCAUUAGAUGGUACUAUUUUGCUUAGUUACAAACAAACAAAAUUAUUGCUUAA